AGAUAUAAAACCAUCGCCGUGCACGCCGUCGUUCCCCCAGGCUUGCACGGAUCAUCCGCGGGAUCUCCUUAUCCGCCCUCACCAUGUCACCCAAAAAGGCCAAGAAGAAGGAGGCAGGCAGCUCCAACGUGUUCACCAUGUUCGAGCAGUCCCAGAUCCAGGAGUUCAAGGAGGCAUUCACCAUUAUGGACCAGAACAGAGAUGGCUUCAUCGACAAGAAUGACCUCCGAGACACAUUCGCUGCUGUGGGUCGUCUGAACGUGGGGAACGAUGAACUGGAGGACAUGCUGAAGGAAGCCCCCGGUGCCAUCAACUUCACCGUCUUCCUCAGCAUGUUCGGAGAAAAGCUUAAAGGAACUGACCCAGAGGAGACCAUUCUGAAUGCCUUCAAGAUCUUUGACCCCGAGGGAACAGGUGUUCUGAAGGGAGAUGAGAUCAAGUAUUACCUGAUGUCUCAGGCAGAUAAAUUUAGUGAAGCUGAGAUCACCCAGAUGUUCACCAACUUCCCUCUGGAUGUCUCCGGUAACCUUGACUACAAGAACCUCUGCUACGUCAUCACGCACGGAGAGGAAAAGGAGCAGGAGUAAAUCGAGCGAACGUCGCCAUGGCGACCUUUUCGCUAAUCGUCAGUGUUGUUGUCUGCAUCACCGCAAAACCAGGACCCGGCGGCUGUCUUUGUGUCUUUGCUGCCGACGCUCCAAGCUCAAAACGGUUUGUAAAUCACGUUGAAGAUGGAUAAAAUCAUUUUCGAAAAGUAAAAAA